GCUACCGCUAGGGGGUGGGGCUGAAGGGUCAGAGAUCAAAGCCAGGCAGCCCCUGGCAGAAGUUACCAUUCUGUGGAAGCUUCUCUGAGAAGGGAGCAGGCGCGAUGGGCGUCUGGCUGCGACUGGCCUUUUUACUGUUGCUGCUGCUGGGCCUGGGACAGUCCGCAUGGCCUGCUGCGGUGGCCCUGGCACUGCGCUGGCUCCUGGGGGACUCUAUCUUCUGUGUGCUGCUCGGCCUGGCCAUGCUGGCGCGGCCCUGGCUCUACCCCUGGAUGCCCCACUGGCUGAGUCUGGUGGCCGCGGCACUCAUGCUGGCUGUGUUACCCGCACGGCCACCCCCAGGGCUGCGCUGGCUGCCUGCAGACUUGGCCUACAUCUUCAGGAUCCUCCACCUGGGGCUGAACAUCAAGGCGCGCAUGAGCCGCCGGCCGCCCAACACCUUUGUGGAUACCUUUGAACGGCGAGCACAAGCACAGCCGGACCGGGCGCCCUUGGUGUGGAAGGGUCCGGGGGGCCGCUCGGUCACCUUCAGGGAGCUGGACGAGAGAGCAUGCCAGGCAGUGUGGGCCCUGAAGGCCGUGCUGGGCAGCCUCACAGGCUUGCUUGCUGGGGAGCCUGCCGCCCUCCUAGUGCUGGGCUCCCAGACCAUUCCGGCCCUAGGUUUGUGGCUGGGGCUGGCCAAGUUGGGCUGCCCCGUCGCCUGGAUUAAUCCGCAUGCCCGGGGGGCACCCCUGCUACACUCCGUACUGAGCUCUGGGGCUCAGUUGCUGGUGGUGGACCCAGACCUCCAGGAGAAUCUGGAAGAGGUCCUUCCCAAGCUACAGGCAGAGAACAUCCGAUGCUUCUACCUCAGCCACUCCUCCCCAACCCCGGGAGUGGGGGCUCUGGGGGCUGCUCUUGACGUUGCACCCACCGACCCUGUGCCCGCUGACCUACGUGCUCGGAUCACAUCAAAAAGCCCUGCCCUGUUUAUCUACACCUCAGGGACCACUGGACUCCCAAAGCCGGCCAUUAUCACACAGGAACGGCUGCUACAGAUGUGCAAGAUGCUGUCCCUGGCUGGGGUCACAGCUGAUGACGUGGUCUACACAGUCUUGCCUCUGUACCAUGUGAUGGGGCUUAUCCUUGGAAUUCUUGGCUGCCUGGAGCUUGGAGCAACCUGUGUCCUGGCCCCCAAGUUCUCUGCUUCCUGCUUCUGGGAUGACUGUCGGCAGCAUGGUGUGACUGUGAUCCUGUAUGUAGGAGAGGUCCUGCGGUACCUGUGUAACACUCCGCAGCGACCAGAGGACCGGACACAUACAAUCCGCUUGGCAAUGGGCAAUGGACUCCGAGCAGAUGUGUGGGAGUCCUUUCAGCAGCGCUUUGGCCCCAUUCGGAUCUUGGAAACCUAUGGCUCCACGGAAGGCAACAUUGGCUUCGUCAACUAUCCAGGGCGCUGUGGGGCCCUGGGCAAGAUGAGCUGCUUGCUUCGAAUGCUGUCCCCCUUUGAGCUUGUACAAUUUGACACGGAGGCUGAGGAGCCUGUCAGAGACAGUCAGGGAUUCUGCAUCCCUGUGGGACUAGGGGAGGCGGGGCUCCUGUUAACCCAGAUAGUGGGCCACCACCCUUUCCUGGGCUACCGCGGGGCACGAGAGCUGUCGGAACGGAAGUUGGUGCGGAAUGUGCGGCGCAGGGGCGACGUUUACUUCAACACCGGAGACGUGCUGGCCAUGGACCGAGAAGGCUUCCUUUACUUUCGGGACCGCCUGGGGGACACCUUCCGAUGGAAAGGUGAGAACGUAUCUACGCGGGAGGUGGAGAGCGUUUUGUCCCUUGUGGACUUCCUGCAGGAGGUGAACGUCUACGGCGUCUCUGUACCAGGUUGUGAGGGCAAGGUGGGGAUGGCUGCUGUGCGGCUGGCCCCAGGCCAGACCUUCGAUGGUCAGAGGAUGUACCAACAUGUCCGCACUUGGCUCCCUGCCUAUGCUGCACCCCAUUUCAUCCGUAUCCAGGACGCCCUGGAGAUCACAAGCACGUUCAAACUGGUGAAGUCCCGGUUGGUGCGUGAGGGCUUCAAUGUAGGCGUCAUUGCUGACCCCUUGUUUGUGUUGGACAACCAGGCUAAGACCUUCCAGCCCCUGACACCGGAAACGUACCAGGCCGUGUGCGAUGGAACCUGGAGACUCUGACCAUGUGGCCUGUCCACAUCUGAAGUGGCAGUGCCCAAUGCAGACUACCACUCAUAUUGGCAGGAUCCUCUCCACCACAAAUCUGCUGAGGGUUAUCAUGAACCGCAGCCUGGCCAUAACCCCAGUUGAAGAGAGUAAGAUAACUGUGGGCCCAGUAGUGGAGUGAGAAUAAACUUGGAUGUGUACA